AUGGAUGAUUUGACGUUACUUGAUCUUCUGGAGUGCCCCGUGUGUUUUGAAAAGCUCGAUGUCACAGCCAAAGUCCUCCCCUGCCAGCACACCUUCUGCAAACCAUGUCUGCAGAGGAUUCUCAAGGCCCACAAGGAGCUGAGGUGCCCCGAGUGCAGAACCCUGGUCUUCUGCAGCAUCGAGGCGCUGCCAGCCAACCUGCUGCUGGUGCGUCUGCUGGACGGUGUGCGCGGGCAGAGCUUGGGAAGGGGGGGCUCCUUCCGCAGGCCGGGCGUGCUGAACUCCCAAGACAGCAGAAAAAGCAGGGUCAGCCCUAGAGGUCUUCAGUCCAGCCCUUUCCGCCUGGUGCCCAACAUCAGGAUCCACAUGGAUGGGGUUCCUCGAGCAAAGGCUUUGUGCAACUACCGAGGGCAAAACCCUGGCGACCUGAGGUUUAACAAGGGAGACGUCAUCCUCCUCCGGAGACAGCUGGACGAGAACUGGUACCAGGGCGAGAUCAAUGGCAUCAGCGGGAUCUUCCCAGUGAGUUCGGUGGAGGUCAUCAAACAGCUGCCCCAGCCGCCACCCCUCUGCCGUGCCCUCUACAACUUCGACCUGCGAGACAGGGACAAGAGUGAGAAUCAGGACUGUCUGACCUUCCUCAAGCCAAACCUCACCGCAAGAUACCUUCUAGAGAAGAACAAAGGCCGACAGUCAUCCCGCACUAAAAGCCUGUCUCUCGGGUCCUCGUCCCCCAGAGGCAAAGCAACCAACUCACCCGCCCUCCGAAGGGGCCCUGGGUCCAGGAGGAAGGGACCUGGGCAGUUCUCCAUCACAACAGCCUUGAAUACUCUCAACAGGAUGGUCCAUUCUCCCUCAGGACGUCAUAUGGUGGAGAUCAGCACCCCAGUGCUCAUCAGCUCCAGCAACCCCUCUGUGAUCACUCAGCACAUGGAAAAAGCAGACAUCCCUCCCAGCUCUGUGGGCCAGGUCAGCACUUACCACCCUGCACCUGCAUCCCCAGGACAUUCCACGGCCAUCGUCAGUCUGCCCAGUUCUCAGCAACACCUCUCAGCCAACAUGUUUGUAGCCCUGCACUCCUAUUCAGCCCAUGGGCCUGAUGAGCUGGACCUGCAGAAGGGAGAAGGCAUCAGAGUCCUGGGGAAAUACCAGGAUGGCUGGCUCAGAGGUGUCUCCUUGGUCACUGGGCGAGUUGGCAUCUUCCCAAACAACUAUGUCAUCCCAAUUUUCAGAAAGACAACUAGCUUUCCAGAGUCUCGGAGUCCUGGUCUCUACGCCACAUGGACAUUGUCCACCUCCUCUGUGUCCUCCCAAGGCAGCAUCUCAGAAGGUGAUCCUCGGCAGAGCCGUCCCUUCAGAUCCGUCUUUGUGCCCACAGCCAUAGUCAACCCUGUGAGGAGCACAGCCAGCCCUGGGAUUGUAGGACAAGGAUCUCUUCGGAAAGGACGGAACAGCAUGAGAAAGAAUGGAUCCCUGCAGAGACCUGUUCAGUCAGGAAUCCCCACCCUUGUGGUGGGUUCUCUCAGACGCAGCCCCACCAUGGUUGUGCGGCCACAGGAGUUCCAGUUCUAUCAGCCUCAUGGGACCCCCUCGUCACCUUCCUCGAUGGUGGUGGAGAUGGGACCCAAGCCAGCUCCCACAGGAGAGCCUGCACUCAUGUACAUGAGCAGAGGCAAUGACAUCAGGACCCACUCGGCUGCCAGCUCCCUCAUCAUGGAAGGCAAGGACAUCCCCAUCAAGAGUGAGCCUCCACUCAGACCCCCUGCGUCUGCCCCACCAUCGAUCCUGGUGAAACCAGAAAACUCAAAAAAUGGCACUGAAAAGCAAGUUAAAACUGUGAGAUUUCAGAAUUACAGCCCUCCUCCCACCAAACAUUACACCUCCCAUCCCACCUAUGGAAAGCCUGAACAGCCAGCCACCCCAAAGGGGUCCCAGCCUGAAACAGCCCUCUUGGGCCCAGAGAUGACCAUUCUAUUUGCCCAUCGGAGCGGUUGCCAUUCCGGGCAGCAGACAGACCUCCGGAGAAAGCCAACGUUCAGCAAGGCCAUGACCCCGGUACCCACUGCCUCAGCCACACAGACCGUGUUCCCGAGCAAAUGA